AAAGUCCCCGAGUCAUCCAAGUCAUGACGAGCCUCGCAAGGAUCACCAAGCACCACACGAACAGGACCAAGUUUUCUGCCACUCACAGCCUUGUCUCCAAUCGGACAUACCAAAGUCAACCACAUCAUCCGGCAUGGACCCCCAAUUCGAUACCAUCAACCUCUCGACACCGUGGUAUAACGACACGGCACUCAUGGCGAGUUCUCGUCUCCUCGUUCAACAAGAUAAUAAUUACAAUGCUAACACGGCAACUCAGUUUGACGACGACAAUCUAUUCUGGGAGCCGCUGACAACUCUCGGCUCGGAAGCACCCAACGACUCUGCCUCCUGCCAGCCCGCCAAUCUCGUCUCGCCCGAGACCGACCGCGCGUUCGCGUCUAGCGCGUACAGCUCGCCCGCGGACGAAUUCUCUCAAAGCCCGUCGUCUUCGUCUUCGUCAUCCUACCCGUGGUCGCCCGCGCUCCAGCCCGCCAGCCUCUCUCUGAGCAGCAGUAUCCGGCUCGGCGCCGCCGACGGGCUCGACUUCGACCUUGGCUCGCCGCUCGACGCGCUCAGCCCCUGGAACGACAGCCACGGCGAGGACGACAUGGGUUCUAGCUCGACCCCCAACCCGCCCACGGCCACUAAACCGACGCGGGCUGCAAGCCCCCAGACAGCACCUGCGCCCAAGCUCCGCGCCAGCCGCAUGCGCGGCGUGGGCAAGACGACGAACAGCAAGGGCAGUAGCAUCAGAAGCCUGGCAAGCAGCCACGGCGGUGACGACAAGCGCCGCCGCAGCUGCCACAACCUGGUCGAGAAGAAAUACCGCAACCGGCUCAACCACCAGUUCGAGCUGCUGCUGGCCGCGCUGCACGAGACGGCGGCGACGAUGGCGGCACAGGCCGACAAUGGGGAUGGGGAGAGCGACACCUAUGCUGAUGGCGCUAGCCUCGGCGACGGCAGCAGCACCAAGACGCUCGGCAAGGCCGCCGUGCUGCAGCUCGCGCGCGAGGCCGUGCUCGGGCUCGAGAGGCGCAACCGCGGGCUCACGGCGCAGCUGGAGCGCAUGCGCGCCGUGGUUGAUGGAAGGGACUGUUUCUACGGGGCUGGGACGGGUGCGAACGUUGCUGGGACGGGUGCGAACGUUGCUGAGGUUACGGAGAUUGCUGCUGGGGCUGGGGCUGGGGUGCGGAGGGCGGUUGGGCGGAGGAGGAUGGCUGUUUAGUGACGGCUUGGUCGGGGUAGACUCCCCCCUUUGUGACUAGGAGCGUGGUGUUUGGGUUUAUAUUCGGGCCUGUUGUGUUUUAUACAAAAGCGAAGGAUGCCAGCUGGCUAUACCUUGGUCUGCUUGAGUUUCGUCUGCCAUGUCAAUGGCACAGAGCGUCAUUCCCAGGGCUUUUCAGAAACUGAAAUUGAAUUCAAGAAGAGCCAAAACUG